UUAUCCGGGGGCCGGCGAACAGACGCGAACAUCCAAGACAAACUAUUAACGUCGGCUUAUGCAAAUAUACCAGGUGUCCCUCCAGAGGCACGAUGCCUCUUGAGGGGCGCCUGGUGGGAACGCGGGCAAGGGCGCGCUGGUGGCUCCUGCCAAGAUCUACAAUACAUAACUCUGUGAACCAUACGGAAAAACAGGCUUAUGCGAAAAACAAAGAUUGAAGAGAACACAGGGAGGAGCAGAAGCAGACAAAGGAGACGAAGAGGAGGCGGGGAGGAUAAACUGGGCACGCUCGUGCCACGUCUGACACCUGACCUCGCCCAUACCUUUCCCUUGCGUGAAGUUUCUAUAUCUGCCCGCGGGUGUCGUAGCCUCAAGCCGCGUUAUGCGCAAACAAGAGGGGGGCAUGCUCACAUUGGAUGUGGAAGGGAAGUGGCGAAUGAACAGGAAAAUGGACAACAAGAUGCGGAAGGAAGAGGAACUACCGCAACAACAAUGCUCAGGAGCCCCCACAAUCACAAGGAGGUGCAACAUCACUGUCUCAGUUGAUAACGUGGAAAUGUUCAAACGUGACCUCCCCCCGCUGAACGUGGAUGUUGACCUCGAUGACCUUGCCGUUGCGAAUGGGGACAAAGACUGGCCGGUCUUGAUCCUUGUUCUUCUUCGAAAUCAUCGAGAGAAGCUUGCAGCCGACCUCGCAACCAGAGUUAGAGUUGCGCACGAGAUCGUCAUCGAGUUCGAUGCCCGUCUCUUUCUCGAACUCCUUCUCGGCUAGAAGGUUCUUCUGCAACACCUGCUCCUCCCAAGCAGGGGUGUAGUGAGGGCGCAUCGCAAUGGGCGCCUCGAGCAACGGCAACGCCCCCAACACGUUGGCCUUGAUGCCGUCUCCGUCGAGAUCGUUUACAUUGAAUUGCGCCUUGCUGAGGUACUUCUUAUCAGCCGCGAAUGCCUCAAUCCAACCUGGCUGGAUCUCGCCGGUCAUCUCCAUAGACUUGGCAGCAACCAUCGUGCUCGCACUGAGGCCAACAUACACGGGCCCAUUUGCCCGCAC